AUGUUUCGCAAAGCAGUUCACGACCACUCGUCUGCAAAACCCUUGCAUCCUAGUAAUCGCGUAUUGAAUACCAAUAAUUAUACAGCCACCAAGCAGUCUUCGCCGAUUGCUGGAACCAAACGAAAACUCGAUGUGGCUCAUGGGGGCCAGUCUGCCUUGGGAUCUCUCCACAACGCUGUGUAUUUUGAUGAAAAUGAUUUCGACGACGAUGACGAUCUGGAUUUCGAAAUAUCUACUCCGCUGAGUCGGAGUCAGAAUGCCGUGCAAGCGUCAACCGAAACGAUAAUCUUAUCUUCGUCAAGUGAGAACUAUCCAAACGCCUCGAAUACCAAUGCCAAUACAAAGUUAGAUUUUAGUGCAAAGGACGCCCAAAAUGACAUUAAAUACCCUGAACUCCCACAGCUGGAUGACAUGUCUCAGGAGCAGCUCCCACCCAGUAGUGUACCAAUUCCAUGGUCCUCAUCACCAGUUUCACACCAUCAGCCCCCCCAACAAAAGCGCCGGAAAUUACCUUGGGAGCAGCAGCAAACCGAUACUAACGCUGACCGCUACGAUCCGAUUACUCCUGCAGCGACGAAGAAGACAUCACACAAGGCAGAAAUGCCUUGGAACAAAACUGCAAGCACGGUGAAAGACGAGCAAAAGGAAUUGAGAAAACUAAACAAAAAGCGACUGGCUGCUGUAGCAGACACCCAUAACUACAAACCACAGGCAAGGGUUGCCUCACUUUUCUUGAGCGAUGAACAGCGGGCUGUUCUCGAGGCUGUUGUCGAACGGGGGAAAAGCAUAUUUUUUACGGGAUCGGCGGGAACCGGUAAAUCCGUUCUUAUGCGAGAGAUCAUUAAGAAGCUGCGGGAUAAAUAUAGGAGGGAGCCCGACCGUGUUGCAGUGACUGCAUCCACUGGUCUUGCUGCUUGCAACAUUGAAGGUGUUACGUUGCACAGCUUUGCUGGUAUUGGACUGGGCAAAGAAUCAGCGGCGGAACUUGUGAAGAAGGUGAGGAAAAACCCGAAAGCUCGGAACCGUUGGUUACGCACGAAGGUUCUUAUUAUCGAUGAAGUUUCCAUGGUGGAUGGUGACCUCUUUGAUAAACUAGAAGAGAUUGCCAGGCGUAUCAGAAACAAUGGAAGACCGUUCGGUGGAAUUCAGUUAAUUGUUACUGGAGACUUUUUCCAGCUGCCGCCAGUACCAGACUCAUCAAACCGCGAUGUUAAAUUUGCCUUCAACGCGGCCACCUGGAAUACCUCUAUCCAACAUACCAUCUUAUUAACGCAUGUCUUCCGGCAAAAAGACCCGGUGUUUGCUGAGAUGUUAAAUGAGAUGAGAUUAGGAAAGAUAUCUCCGAGAACGAUUGAGGCGUUCAAAAAGCUUUCACGCCCGCUGGAUUUCCAUGAUGCACUAGAUGCUACCGAAUUAUUUCCUACCCGUGCGGAAGUGGAAAAUGCCAAUGGACUGCGCAUGGGCAGACUUUCGGGUGAAGUGUUGACAUUCCACGCCCAGGAUUCUGGAACUAUUCAAGACAUUCAAAUGCGCGAGAGAUUACUUUCUAACUGCAUGGCUCCACAAGUUAUCCACUUGAAAAAAGGGGCUCAAGUUAUGCUCAUAAAAAACAUGGAGGACACCCUAGUCAACGGUUCCCUUGGGAAAAUUGUUGCAUUCAUGGAUGAGGCAACGUUCGAUUAUUAUAGGAACAAUGAGGAUGAGUUCACUGGAGAUGGCAAAGACGGCAGUGGGGACGAAGCAACCAGUCAAGCUCGUAAGAGGAUUCGAGCUCUCGCACAUGUGAAAGACGGCGGUAUAAGUACGAGCCGCAAGUGGCCUCUGGUUUGCUUCACUCAGCCAGAUGGAACCGAAAGGCAUCUUCUUUGUCAGCCAGAAACUUGGAAGAUAGAAUUACCCAACGGCGAAGUCCAGGCUCAGCGCUCACAGGUGCCGUUAAUUCUAGCAUGGGCCCUUUCCAUCCACAAGGCCCAGGGACAGACUCUGCCCCGAGUCAAGGUCGAUUUAGGUCGAGUUUUCGAGAAGGGGCAAGCUUAUGUCGCGCUUAGUCGAGCCACAUCCCAGGCUGGUCUUCAGGUGACAGGGUUUGAUCCACGAAAAGUCAUGGUGCACUCGAAAGUCGUUGAAUUCUACACUAAUCUCUCUAAUAUCAACUCUGUGGUCAGACGGAAGACAUCCAACGGUGCCAAAAAUGCCACGAGCGAGGGGACGAAAGUGGAGGAACUUGACGAUGACUUUGAUGAGCAAGGCAGUGAAUACAUAUCUGGUUUCGUGUGA